AUGGUGCAAAUAAUCGAGCUUCCUAUUGAAUUACUAAUCGACCAUCUUUUGCCCUGUAUCCCGCUACGGGACCUCCUCAGCUUGAGCUGCACAUGCAAGUAUUUUGCACUUGUCUGUGGGGAUGAUACAUUUUGGAAGCGCAAGGCAAGCGAAGAAUACAAUUUCGAAGGCGCAGGAAGCGCACGAACCAGUGGGUUCAAGCAUCUAUAUCGCGGAUUGAGGCACCCUAGGGUGUUUGUGUGGGGAGAUGCAGGGAACGGACGGUUGGCGCUGGACAAGCGGAAGCACAUGAACCAUGACUACACCCGCCCCGAACGCGACACCAGUUAUCCGGUCGAACUCGACAUUCGACAUCGGGUUGUUCACCUUGCUGCUGGAGGCUGGAGUUUUCAUGCUCUUACAGAUGAGGGGAAAGUAUUAGUCUGGGGGACAUUGGACAGCACCUAUUCCGAGUGCCACGUAGUAAAAGAGCCACUCGUGUUGGCCUUGCCACAGCGAAUCAAGUCGCUUAGUGUCGGGCGCCGGCACGCUAUCUUAUUUGACGGAAGGAGCAACAUCUACGUGCUAUUGCAAUGGGGGAGACCUAUCAGGCUCAACGCCCCCGUUUUAGAUGGAAGUUGGACCGGGUCGACGGUCGUACAAGUCGAGGCUGGUUGGGACGUGUGCACAUUUCUCACAGAGACAGGGGCCGUGUUUGUUGUCUUCCCAUUCCAUGGGUCCUUCCCAGAGUCGUUGGAGGAACAUAGGUCCCAAGUUGCCACUCAGCCAGUGGUGACUCAACAAGCGGGCCAAAUACCAUGCGUAUGUAUGGACGUCCAACACCACCCGACAAAGUUGCCUCCAAUUCCAAACAACCUCCCUGCUCUACAUCAAGAUGCACUCAAACCUGACACACCCCCGAAGCUCGUCCAGAUUGCCGCGGGAGAUAAGUUUGUAGUUGGAUUAACCGAUGGGGGACACGUACUCAAAUUAGACUUGCCCACUUGCGACGAAUCUGAACUUGGCCGGAUCAUCACCCGCGGGGACCUGCGCUGGAACUAUGUAAGGACACUCUCCCUUCUGUUCUUCGCCUCGGCUGAUCGUUUACCCCAGGGACAAGAACAAACACCACUGGAAGAUCUCAAGGUCACGCAUAUUUCAGCACAAUUUCGCACGUUUGUCGUAUAUUCAACCGUCGGUUCAUCUGUCGUACUACUUGGAGAUGACCACGACAAUCCCCGAAGCCCCAAGAUCAUCCCAGAACUUCAGAACCGGGGUGUAAUUUCAGUCGUUCUGGGCGAUUACCAUUAUUGUGCGCUUACUUCCAACGGCGAAUUAUUUAGCUGGGGCAAGUAUUCGAAUGGAGCACUGGGACUGGGCAGUCCCAGGAGUUCGAUCGAUUACACAACGCCUACGCAAAUCCACGCUCCACUGCUGAUGCCGCAUACACACCACGCCCAACCACGACCACAAGACGCAGAGGUUCCCACUCAAGUUCAUUUUCAUCACGAAGAUAACGUCAGGGAUCGCUACGUAUUUGCUGUCGCUGCAUCCGGUUGGCAUUGUGGCGCGCUGGUUAUCGACUUGCACAGCACAUCAACCUCUGCUGAAGGGAAGUCGAAUCCCGCUCAAGAAGGGGAACUGAAACAAGAUCCCGACGAUCCUAGUCACACUAGUAUGGAAGGCCGCGGCCAUAACAACGACGCAUCGCGCCAACAACCAAUCGCGCCGUUUCCCAGUCGAGCCGAGGCCGAACGCGCAGCUGGGACUCAAGUUCCUCAGAUCACGGUGCCCAUCGUCCGAGGUCGUGGAGCGCCAUUCCGUAUUGGCUAUGCGGCACGAGGCGCUUAUGCCGGACGCGGGGCCGGGCGCGGAUUUGCAAAUGCUUCGAAUCCAGGUUCGGGUGCACAUCCGGACAGGGCGGAGCAUUAG